UACAUUGUGUUUGUUUAUAUGUGGUGCGGUACGAUGGUGAAUGUCAGGUGGUGUAAAUUCAGUAAUUGUCACAAAGGGUAUAGGAAUCUUUCGUUAUCAACAAAAAACAACAAAGAUUGCUAUUUUAUAACAACACCGAUAUUCUAUGUAAAUGCUUCACCUCACCUCGGACAUUUGUACACUGCUGUCAUAGCGGACGCACUUCAAAGAUUUCAGCGGUUGGUGUAUGGCACAAAGUGCAUUUUCAGCACGGGCACUGACGAGCAUGGCACGAAAGUACAGCAAGCUGCCGCUUCUGCCAAAAUGGAUGUGCCGACUUACUGCACUUAUAUAUCGAAUAAAUAUAAAGCUACAUUUCAUCAGUUCGAUGUUGGUUUUACCGAUUACGUAAGAACAACAGAUGAAAGACAUAAAGCAGCAGUUGAACAUUUCUGGAAUGAUUUAAGGAAAGGUGGAUACAUAUAUAAAGGUCAGUAUCAUGGCUGGUACUGUGUGUCUGAUGAGACAUUUCUGGCGGCAUCUCAACUGCGGGAGGAAGUUGGUCGUGAUGGGUCCUUAUGCAAAGUGUCUGUGGAAUCUGGCCAACCUGCUGAGUUUACAGUAGAAGAUAACUAUAUGUUUCGCCUGAGUAAUUUUCAGCAAGAUUUGCUUCACUGGCUUCGUGAUGAAAAUUCUGUACAGCCCUCCAAAUUCAGAAAACAACUGGAAAAAAUGGUCCAUGAAGGUUCAGUGCUGCAAGAUCUUUCAGUUUCUCGCCCAAGGGAACGUGUUCCAUGGGGCAUACCUGUACCAGAUGACCCUAAUCAUACAGUUUAUGUUUGGCUAGAUGCCCUUGUAAACUAUCUCACUGUUACGGGUUAUCCUGAACAUGACUUUGCUUGGCCGCCAGAUGUGCAGGUUGUUGGAAAAGACAUACUGAAGUUUCAUGGUGUCUACUGGCCGGCUUUCCUCAUUGCUGCUGGUCUUCAGCCACCACGCACGUUACUCUGUCAUUCACAUUGGACUGUUGAUGGUGAGAAGAUGUCGAAGUCUCGACAAAAUGUGGUUGAUCCUACUGCACUAAUUCACGACUUCACUUCAUGUGGAGUACGAUACCUGUUGCUCAGGGAAGGAGUGCCACAUUCUGAUGGAAAUUACAGUACAACAAAGGCUGUGCGCAUAUUGAAUUCUGAACUUGCUGACACACUUGGUAACUUGUUGAAUCGAUGUUGUGGUAUGGCUAUUAAUCCUGAUCAGAUAUAUCCACAAUUCUGUGACGACACGUACCGACAGUACUGUGUGCACAAUGGAGCUAAGCUAAAAGAUAGAGCCACACAUCUGGCAGGUGUGGUUAAAGAGCACUUUGAAGGAUUUAAUUUUCAUCGUGCCAUUGACACAAUUAUAGGAACCUUACAUGAGGCAAAUCGGUUUUUUGAACUUCAGCGGCCUUGGGAAGCACAUAGAGAAAAGCGCAAUGCAGAAAUUCACAUGGUAAUGGAAACACUGAGAGUGAGCAGUGUGUUACUGUUGCCAAUUGCACCACGUCUAGCAGAACAGGUGUUAGACAGAUUGGGAACUCCACCAAGUGCCAGAGAUUGGGCAAGCUUACAGACUCUAAGUUGGAGUGGUGGAAACAUUGGAGGUUGGAAGCUGGGAACAGAUCGUUCAGCACUGUUUAGGAGGCUACAGUUUAAGUAAUAAAAUGGAUUAUUAAGUUCUUCCUGCUGCAUGUGAUGAAGCAUUGUUUUAACCUUCACAGAAGUUAAAUUGGAGGGGUACAAAGAAAGGGUGACCAGAUGCUCAUAGAAACAGGCACAAUUGCUGCUAUUGUAAAUGGAAAUAUUGGGACAUACAGUUCUGUUGCAUUACUGUAACUGUCAUAGUAGUUGAUGUACAGGGAUCCAAUUGUUCAGUUGUACAAUGAAUUUCCUUGUUGUGUGCGAUUUCAGAUACAAAGUAGAUUGUUCAUUACCAACAGAUGCUGUAUUUCUUUGCUUCUUUUUAUGAAAAGUAGGCAAUAAACUAUUAUCUUUUUUAAAUAAAUAUUUCCCCAUAAUUGUGAAUAACUGUGUGUCAACAGAAAAUUGACAACUUGCGAUUUUUGUAGACCAUAAGGCAAUUAAGAGUGGAAAAUACAUAACAAAUAAUUGAAGACAGUGGUACUGUGAGAUGAAUAGAUUGUCACAGGAGAGGAAAUCAUGAUGGGCUUCAGCAAAUCAGUCAGAAUAAUGAUGAUCCCUUAAAUAAUAUGCUGUCAAGAUUUUGAUCUGUGUUACCUCAGGUCAAACUAUUAAACCAUCUCCACUAGCAGCCUGUGCAAAAUAACAAUAAAGGAGUCUCACACUCUACCCAUGAGCUUGAAGCCUAAGUGCAGAAUUCUAAUCUGAUUGACUUAAGCAAAGUACUUAUAAUUAAGAGGGGCAUGAAAGUAUACAUACAUAUUUACAGAAAGAUGGGAUUCAUUUUUAAAAAUAUAUCCAACACCAUGGCUUCUUUGAUCUUCAAAAUUUGGAGGGAAGAAGAAUUUAAAGUGAGUUCCUCUUAUAGGUUUGUUUAUGUAAUCAUUAGGCAGUGAGUU